UCAUCGUAAAUAGUUGUCGGAUUGUCCGGCAAAGUUGCAUUUCGUUUCUAAAACACGAGAAAUUAUUGAAAUAUCAUAGUUUUAUUACAUUAUUCCGCUAAAUAAUAAUUAUUACUCAUAAAUAUGGCUCGGCGUUAUGAUACUCGUACAACCAUUUUCUCGCCGGAAGGUCGGCUUUACCAGGUCGAAUACGCUAUGGAAGCGAUCAGUCAUGCGGGUACAUGUCUAGGUAUUCUGGCUACCGACGGUAUUCUGCUGGCUGCUGAGCGCAGGAACACAAACAAACUCCUUGAUGAGGUGUUCUUCUCAGAGAAAAUCUACAAGCUCAAUGAUGACAUGGUGUGCUCAGUAGCUGGCAUCACUUCAGACGCUAAUGUACUGACAAACGAGCUGAGACUCAUUGCCCAGAGAUACCUGCUGCAGUAUGGAGAGUCUAUCCCCUGUGAACAACUUGUGUCUUGGCUAUGUGAUGUCAAGCAAGCUUACACACAGUACGGAGGGAAGAGACCUUUUGGUGUGUCCAUCUUGUACAUGGGUUGGGACAAGCACUAUGGUUACCAGCUCUACCAGUCAGACCCCAGCGGUAACUAUGGUGGAUGGAAGGCGACCUGCAUUGGUAAUAACAGUGCUGCUGCUGUAUCCAGUUUAAAACAAGAAUACAAGGAAAAUGAAACCACCCUUGCCGAGGCACAAGCACUGGCCAUCAAAGUACUUAGCAAGACUUUGGACAUGACUAAACUGACACCAGAGAAAGUUGAAAUGGCAACUCUAACGCGCAAAGACGACAAGACAAUCAUCCGAGUCUUAUCAAGCACUGAGGUUGAGAAGCUGAUUGGUGACUUUGAGAAGAGCGAGGCUGAAGCCGAAGCAGCCAAGAAACAACCCGCAAAGUCGUAAUCUUUACACCUGGUUGAAAUAAGUUUUCUCAUAUUGGUACAUUAAAUAUUUUACAAUA